AGUUGUUUCUGCUCUAUGGAUUAUUGGUAUUGAAUUCGGAUACUUUACCCUACAUGGCAAGAGAAUUCCGUUUGGAAGAAUUGUUGAAGUAAGUGAAUCAUGGAUGAUUGUGACUGGACUUCGGAUGGAAGUGCCGACUCUGAUACACUCUCACCACUUCCACCAUUAGUGAUAUGGACCAGCAGAAGGUCAACUGGGUAUCCCCCACAGCGAAAUAUACCAUUUUACGGUACGACUUACACGGCUCAUCACCACGCAAACCCCAAUAGCGGUAACCCAGAGACGACCUCAGAAGGCUCCUUUGCGAAUUAUGCACUUCAGCAUUCCUCAUUCACCACUUCGAACACACCUACAUCUACCUCCAGAGUGUUCCAAGAUCAUCCUUGGCUGGACACUGCAGCAGACAUCUUCAGGCCACCUCAACCAGAGUUCCAGAGGAACAAGGAUACACGCGCUAAUGAUCCUUUAACAGCAACUGACGAUAACCCAUGCUCUAAUCCCAUGACAUCAGCAAUGGACAAUGGCCAAAGAUCGCAAAGCAACCGUAACCAAACUGCUAACCAUCCCGUUUCUGUUUCAGAUCACUACACAGGCCACGCACACGUUGGGUAUGAGUCGGAAGAUAGCGAAUACUCAGGCAAAUCUGCCGAUACUGGGGAGAGACCAUACAAGUGUAAAGAAUGUGGCAAAGAAUUCACAAAACGAUCAAAUCUCACAAAUCAUCAACGCAUCCAUACUGGAGAAAAACCCUUCAAGUGUACCGUUUGUGACAAAGCAUUUAGGACUCCGUCAAAUCUUUCAAAUCAUAAACGCAUCCAUACUGGAUGGAAACCCUUCAAAUGUAACGUUUGUGGCGAAUCAUUCAGGACUACUGCACAUCUUGCAGGUCAUCAACGCAUCCAUACCGGUGAGAAACCAUUCCAGUGUCAAGUAUGUAAUAAGGCAUUCAGACAAAUAUCACAUCUCACACGUCAUGAACGCCUCCAUUCUGGAACGACACCAUUUUCGUGUAAAGUAUGUGGAAAGUCUUUCUCUCGGAAAUCCAAUCUAAUAGCACACGAACGAAUCCAUCCCUGAGAGGAACUUAUCAGCGACUGUGACAAGUCUUUCAAUAUUAAAAAAAACACCUGGAAGACCAUGCAAAAAACACCGUUAAACAAAAGGCUUCUUUCCCAUAUUAUGGAAAAUGUUCAUUAUAAGUGCGUUUUUGAAAUGCAAGCAGCCCAAUCUGAACUACAAGCAAAACUCACUACUUACAUGCUGACUUCCAUAUGAAGCAUCACAAACAUUAUCAUUAUCAUUGUUUUAGAGUUGAUAUACUGUACAGUUUCUAGCCAUGUUACACAAUGCACUUCGUACACGUAUUUCCAUAUCUAAAAUUCGCAAAAAAAAAAAGUUGAGCUGAUCAUGUGGCUCGUGUUUUAUAAAAUCAGUACGUUUUCGCGCAUUUUUACUCUUCUGCACGCA